GAUUAGCCAAAAUGUGAUGUGAAAAGCUGUACUUCUCGUCUCUUUCUGCCUAAGCUUCUCAUCUCCUUCUAUGGUGUGUAUUUUUGUCCUCUCAUCUCUCUAUGUUAUCCCUUAUUCUUUCAUUGCAAUUUCCAGUUAUUUGUAAGUCCGUUCAGUGAAUCAAUAUAGCUAGUUGGUUUGGUUGUUAUUCCGUUUGUUACAUUGGUGCUUUCAUCGAUCCGACCUCCAAUGGAAGCUGUAGUAAUUGAUAAAUUUAGCGGCAGCAACCCAGAGGGCUGGGUUUAUCAAGCAGAGAGGUACUUCAAAUUCCUUGGCUUCUCCGAGGAAAACUGGUUACCUCUUCCUUACUUCUACCUUGAAGGUGAGGCCCUCGUAUGGUUUGAUUGACUACAUCGUAACAAACAGUUCUACGAUUGGAAUCACUUCAAGGAGAAAUUGUUUUUGCGAAACCGGACCUUCGCAGAUUCCAAUAGGAGUGUGGCUGAUCCGUCCCUAGCUUAUCGUAGCUAUGUUAGUUAUGCUACUUUGUAUCAGUCUGAAGCACAGGUAUCUCCCUUACCUGAUUUGAGUCCUAAUUCUAACUUCUAUGGGUUAGAAUCUGCACUCAAAGUUGGAAACUCAGAGGCGAAGCAUGUGUUCGAUGAAAUGUCUACUGGAGUUUUCACCAAAGCAGCGGAUGAAACUUCUCCUGUUAAAGUAGCAUGGCAAAGCGUAGAUACACAUGUAUCUAUCACUCAAUUUGUAGCUGAUUUGAACGAUAAUCAAUCACCUAAGGUGUUCGACAAAAUGUUACAUAGUGGCUUUCGUAAGGUAUUCGAAGAGGUGCAAUCAGAUGCUCCAAUCAAACUGCCUGAUGAAGAAACUACAAUUCCUGAAAGCAGCAAAGUCCAACUGUUCGAUAACAGUUCCCAUAGAGAUAUGCCAGAGAGGUACGUUAAUUCGACUUCUCUUGAUCGUGGCUCAACUGAAUGGAAAAUUGAAUUUGAGGUCUUGGAAGACAUGUACUUCUCUGACCUUUUCAUGGGACCAGAAACUAUUGUGAACCUAUACCUUGAUACACCUUUUAGGGAGAAUGGGGAUGGGAUUUCAACAGAUAAAAUGCCUUCGGAUGAAACGAGACCGGAUGUUGGUCAUGGAAACGCUAGUGGGGAAGUCGAACAUGAUGAAGGUAUUUUAUUGGUGGUGAGUGUACCACAUAUUGCUUUCUCAAUGAAAUUUGAUAGUACUUGUAAUGAUUGCUCGACCAUAGUUGUGGGCGAUUUCAAGGAAAUCCCUCAGAAAUCAGCUUGUCGUAUUGAUAACACUUUCACUGAUCAACGUCUUUCAAAUCAAUUUCCAUUUGAUCCCGGUGAGUCUGUUCCUCCAUCCAUUAUGUUCGAGAGCUUGAAUUUACAUUUCGAUAUACCACACUGCUUCCCUGUUGCAUUGCGUUCUGGUGUAGUUGGCCUCGUUGGUGGCAAGCUGUCUAAUGAAUUUUCCAGUUGCAAAAUGGAUGUACAAGCUGUUCAACCUCGGCCGCCAUGCCCACUUCCAAAACCACAUUUCUUGGCCUUACUAUUGGAUUUCUUGGCCCAGGUUGCGCAUUCUGUUGUAAUUACAAAGAAACUCAACUUUUAUGAGCUUGUCAUAAUUGGUGUGGAUGAUUCCAAUCUAAUUGCUCGUCUUCGCGCUGCAAAUUUCAACAGUAAAACACAACCUACAGAAGUUGCACUUGUUGCCAUAUUACAUGAUUCCAAUCCAAUUGCUCGUCUUCGCGCUGCAAAUUUCAGCAGUAAAACACAACCUGCAGCAGCUGCACUUACUACCAUAUUACAGGAGUGGAGAGUAUCAAAAUUAAGGAGUGGGUAUAAGGUGAGGCUUCACGUUGUGCACUUUGCCGGUUACACAUUUUAUUGUGUCAUUAAAAUGGUAGAGUUGGUUGCACGUCAUAGGUUGCAUCAUGGCUUAGGUGAUGCAUUGGUGUAUGCUAUCUGCUUGAACAAGUGUAUGGUUGCAGGGCAGGUUAUCACUGAACUCAAUUUAAUAAUGCUGAUAAUUUUUACUGUAAACCUAAAAGAGCAUGGAUGGUUGAUAGCAGUUGCUUUAGAGAAAUUUGGUGAACAGAGAGCUGCUAAAACUGUUUAUUUGUACUUUAAGGUGGAUAAUUCUAGCUUCGACGAGUCCGACCAUGUUAAGAAGUGUUGUUUGUCUUAUAUUUCACAUGCUUCUGGAGAUCCUUUUGAUCACAGCAGUAUUCUUGAGGUAAUUCUUGGCAUCCAAUUAUCUGAGACUAUUGCCUACAUUAUGGCGUAUCAUGUGACUAUUUCAUUUGAUAGAGAAGGAAAUGACUCUACUAAUACCGCGACGGUUUUCAAUAUGGAUCAGCCAGCAUUUCCGUUGGUGAAAAAUAGCCCGCUUGUUCUUAUCCUUUCAUUAGGAAUCGAUGCGGAAAAAGAAUGGAGUGAAAGGGGCGUUGCAACAACUAUUAGCCAUAUCUGUGAGUUGCUAUUAGAAAGUAUAAUAAAUUUUCCUCAUGUUGCUGAGAUAGUUUAUGGGACAGCCAAUACUUCUAAGCUCAGAACAACGACAUUAAGCUUGACUGACAUCAUUUGGUGCUUUGUCCUUUUGGACACAUCUCUAAUUACUACACAUCUUUGCCAUGUUAUCUUGAACAAAGUGGUUCUUCUCCAGAAGUCAAGCAAUUUUAAUGAAACCAAGUCUACACUACUCCAAGCUGCAAACCAAACUAUGAUAUUGUUCCUAAUGAUUUUUGCAUGACAGAGGCUAUUGGGCCGGGGGCUAAACCGCGAAGAGGUCCAAGAUUUAGAAAGCCCAACAAGAGAUUUGUCUGGGAUCCAGGUUAAGAAAGCACGUGACUAAGUGAAUAAAAGGGGUUAUGUUUGGAAGAUUAGCCAAAAUGUUAUGUGAAAAGCUGUACUUCUCGUCUCUUUCCGCCUAAGCUUCUCAUCUCCUUCUAUGCUUAUCUCGCGCUGCUACUAAAUUGUACAAGGCCUGCACAAAACAUGAAAUUAUAGCAGAGAAGACAAUCGUCGAAGCAAUGACUCCUAUUUACUUGAAUAAUGUCUUUCUUAAGGAAUCGUGCCUUUGUAUUGAGGCAUCAAAAUGCCAUGAACCUUUAUACACAGCAUUGAGGGCCUUUCAAUGAAGAGUCCUCAAGCUUUUGGUGAAGUUAGAGAGGGACUCUAUCUAUUGGAACCAAAUAGUGUCAAGUCUAAGGGUGUUUUUAGUAAUGAUGUAUUUUCAAUUCCAAAAGGAAGCAAUUCCAUUUCAAAGUCAGUUUUCUUUUCUAGUUCAUUUCAAGCUAAUGUUGUUAGUGAUUUUAAGCUUUGGCAUAUAAGGUUGGGACACCUCCCAUUUUCAAUAAUGAAAGAUUUAGAAUUUCUUCAUUGUAAACCAGAUUCUGCUUUUAUCUGUGAUGUUUGUCCUAGGGUUAAACAAACUAGAAAUCCUUUUCAUGUUAGUACAAUAAGGUCCAAAUAAAUAUUUGAACUCAUUCAUGUUGACACAUGGAGACCCUAUAGGUUAAACACCUACAAUGGUUUCAGAUAUUUUCUAACUAUAGUAGAUGACUAUAGUAGAAGAACAUGGACAUUCUUGUUAAAUACAAAGAGUAAUGCUUUUUCUAUGCUCAAAGUUUUUUUGUCUAUGGUUGAAAGGUAAUUCAAUGUAAAGGUGAAAGUCAUAAGGUCUGACAAUGCACUAGAAUUGGGAAAAGGAACACAAGAGGCCGCUUAUCUUUCCUCUCAAGGAAUUCUACACCAAUUGUCUUGUGUAGCAACUACUCAACAAAAUGGGAUUGUUGAGAGAAAAUAUAGACAUCUCUUAGAAACUGCAAGGGGUUUAAUGUUUCAGUCUAAAUUGCCUAUGAAAUAUUGGGGGGAGUCUAUCCUAACUACUACACACCUCAUUAAUAGGAUAUCUUCUAGUGUACUCAAUGGAAAGACACCAUAUGAGAUUUUGUUUCAGAAAAAGCCUUAGUAUAAUUACUUGAGGAAUUUUGGCUGUCUUUGUUAUGCUUCAACACUGGCUCAAGGAAGAGGGAAAUUUGAUGAGAAUGCAACAGCUUGUGUCUUACUUGGGUAUCUCCUCCAUCAGAAAGGGUACAAGUUGUUGGAAUUAAAAACAGGAAAGGUAUUUGUGUCAAGGGAUGUGAAGUUCCAUGAAUCAUAUUUCCCCUUUGUUGAAAACAUGUCUUCAUACCAACCCAUAUUCCCAAAUCCAAUUCUCACCAUAGAAACUACACAUCCACAACCAUCAGAUGAUCAAAUCUCACCCAUUCUUUUAGAGUCUAAGAAUUCUAACAGUUUUUCCUUAUCUCCACAUACUUGUACUCAACAAUCUCCUAGUCCAGCCUCUUUUCAAUCUAUCCUAGACACAUCACAUCUCACCUCACCUACCUAAGCACCUCAACAGUCCAUACCAGUGAGAAGAUCAGGAAGGGUAUCUAAUUAACUAGUUUACUUGAGGACUAUGUGUGCAGCAACAUCAUGUUCACAGAUGUGGAAGCUGCUUGUUACAAUCAACCCAUUAAACCUUGACAAUAUUGGUUUUCCUCCCUAUCACCUAAUAAUCAAUACAUCAUGCAAUCUAUUUCUACACUCACUGAACCUACCACUUUUUCUCAAGCUUGUCAAUAUCCAGGUUGGAUAGAGGUAAUGGAAUAAGAAAUCAAGGCCCUAGAAGACAAUAAUACAUGAGAUGUAGUUGAAUUGCCUAAAGGAAAAAGAGCUCUACCUUGCAAGUGGGUAUGUAAGGUAAAGCACCUCUCAGAUGGAAGGAUUGAAAGAUUGAAGGCCAGGCUAGUGGUUAGGGGGGAUAUUCAAAGAGAGGGGAUAGACUAUAGUGAGACUUUUUCACCAGUUGUGAAAAUGACAACUAUAAGGUGUUUGCUCACUAUAGCAGCCAAGAGAGAUUGGAAUGUCUCUCAAUUGGAUGUCAACAAUGCAUUCUUGCAUGGAGAUCUUCAGGAAGAGGUAUACAUGAAAUUUCCCUCAGGUGUUACACCUCCUAGUCCUAAACAUGUAUGUCUUCUCAUAAAAUCAUUGUAUGGUUUGAAGCAAGCUUCUAGGCAAUGGUAUGUCAGGCUUGCUGGAGCUUUGAGUUUUAAAGGAUAUUCAUCAUCAUUAAAUGAUUAUUCUUUAAACUUACAGGAAAACGAAUUUCUAUUCUAGCUGUGUAUGUAGAUGAUAUUCUACUUACUGGGAAUGAUUUAGAAGAAAUUCAGCAUAUCAAAGUUUUUCUCAAUACUGAAUUCAAGGUCAAAAAUCUAGGCAACAUACAUUAUUUUCUAGGAAUGGAAAUUUUGCGAGAAAAGGAAGGCUUUAUUAUGAAUCAAAGGAAAUUUACAUUAGAUAUGCUACAGAAAUUUGAUGUCUCUCACUUGAAACCAGUUAGCUCUCCCAUGGAUUCCUCUUCCAAGCAUGACUCUGAUGAUGGACGGCCUUUGGAAAAUCCCACAGUCUUUCGUUAUUUGGUUGGAAAGUUGAAUUACUUGACCAAUACUCGUCCAGACCUCUCGUUUGCAAUUCUCUCUCUUAGCCAGUACAUGUAGAGGCCCUGUAUUUCUCAUUUCACUGCUGCAUUGAGAGUUUUGAAGUAUCUGAGUGCAGAUCUGGGUCAGGGUAUUCUUCUUUCAGCUGCACCAUCCUUUUCUCUGCAAUGCAGAUUGGGCUUCUUGUAAGGAAUCCAGAAGAUCUGUCAGUGGAUUUUUCAUCACACUUGGAGGAGAACCCAUUUCCUGGAAAUCAAAGAAACAAGUUUCAAUAUCUUUGUCAUCAGCAGAGGCGGAAUACAGAUCUAUGAGACGAGUUACAACAGAAUUUACUUGGCUUGUUUUACUCCUUGAAGAUCUUUCUGCACCAGUGGCUCUUCCCGUUCCACUUCAUUCUGAUAGCAAGGUAGCUAUCUAUAUCGCUCGUAAUCCCAUUUUUCAUGAACAGACAAAACAUGUGGAUAUCGAUUGUCAUUUUGUCCGUCAGCAAUUCCUCUCUGGGCUAAUCAGUCUGUCUUUUGUUCCUUCUAAAGAUUAGUUGGCAGAUCUCUUCACUAAGCCACUUUCAAGGGUUUCUCAUUCACAGAUUUUGAGCAAGUUAGGGGUCACAAGGUCACCCUCUAACUUGAGGGGGAUGUUGAGAAGAAGAAACCCCAUCCUAAUUAUAUGAUUCAUGGAGCUAUCAAGGAGAAAGAAGAAGAAACGAAGGAGAUGAAGAUGAAGAAUAAAGUAGAGAUGAAGAAGAAGAGUAAAGUGGUCUACUAAGAAACUUCGAUAUAAUUGAUGUUGUCUGAACAUCUUUUGGACACACAGCUGGGCCUACCGGGUAUUGGGCUUUUCACAAUAUUUAGAGUUUGGGUUAUUAGUGUUGGGCCAGCUGAAGAUGAAGCCAUAUUUAUUUUACACAUUUUUUAUUAUUGUAAAUAGCAUGUGAGUAGUUAUAGAAUAACCAAUAGAAUAGAGACAAGUGUAUAGGUGGUUAUUUCUUAGAUUCUUUUUGCUGUAGAUAAAUAGUACACUGUACAGUGAUGAUUUCAUUCAAUAUAGAAAAUACAAGAUAUUUUCUCAAAAUCAGAUUUCUUCAAUUCUUUCACCUAGCUACCUCAAAAAAUUAAUCAUAACUUCCGGCGAGUUCCAGGUCGACAAAGAUGGACUCUCACCGGACUGACCAAACUUUGAAUUGACAAACGGCUACUACAACCCAAGUACAAGACAUUAUACCAGCAAAAACUCUGAUCUCGUCAAUACCCGUAUGUGAUUUUCAAAUUUGUUUUAGUGGAUAUAUGAAUACUCAUUAACAGAAUAAUUACAUACACAUCAGAGGCGAACAACUACAUACACAUAAGAGAUUUAAAACAUCAAAUUAAAGUAGCUGCAACAAAGACAACUGCAACAGUAGAUCCGACAACGACUACUCUAUUCAAAGAUGCAGAGUUAGGAUAGGGGGUAGGAGAACCACCGGCGGUUGCGGCGAUGGAAGGAGGAGAUGCACUGGAAGAAGAAGAUGAUGUCGGAGUAUUGGUAGUUAGUGAAACUGGCGGAGACAGGUUGAAGGAAUUUGUAUGGAAGGUUUUUUGUAUAGUGGUGGAGGCAGCCACAUUAGUGGUGGAGGAGGUAGACAAAGUUCUUAUGGUGAUGGCAGUUGUAGUGAUGGAGAUAGUAGCGGCAAUUUGAUGUUAAAGAAGACGAAAGUACAAAAUUUGAGGUGCCAAUUUCUUAUGCCGGCUUGCUAUUUGGGAUCCCAUGAAUAUUGUUCUUGUUUUCCACCAAAGGUGAAAAUUCUCGAGGAGGAGAAGUGUUAAAAUGAAGUUAAGUGGGGACUACAUAAAAGUUAGCUUAAUUUUAGAAAGGCAGAAUAGUUCUACUUGUCCCGCUUUAUAAUCCCGGUCCCGAUACUCUAUGAACUCUUAUGACUAUGCAUGUUCCUCAAUCGUCUUGCUGUAUUAUCCAUGUCACAUAAAAAUAUUCCGCGUUAUUAUUUUUCUUCACAAAAAAUAUUUUAAAAAUUGAAUCCUGAAGUAGAUCGUUUUUCCUCUCUCAGAAGCACCUUCAGGCCUUCUUCUUUUUGAAUACCAUCCAUCUGUCAUUUAAUCUCUUAUUCUCUUUCAGUUGUGAAUCAAAAUCUAUCAUUUUCCUUUCUAAUAUUUGCAAAACCAGAUCUGUCAUUUUUUUAUAGAAACCCAAUGGACAAUUCAUUUUGUUCUUCUAUUAAAAUUAGAUAUAACAAAAAUAUUCAACUCAAUCUCUGUAAAUUCUCCACACGAUAUCUUUAGAUCUUGACCCAAAAAAGAAGAAAAAAUAAGACCAAAGGCGAGAAUAACCACAGUUCAUUUUUCUCUCUAUUCUACUUUUCGAAAAUAAUAUCAAAAACUCAACUCCUUUUAGUAAACAAGAACCUUCAAAUCAGGGAAAAGUGAAAAUCAUAUCUCUUAAAUUAAGUUACCGAAAAAACCCAUUAUUUCACAACAACAAAUCUGAAACUCUAUUUUAUUCCCUCUAGUGACUGUCCAUAUGUGACUUGAUUUUGAGGCAAACUGGAAAAGACAAGGGAGAGGAGAAAGUGAUAGAAAGAAAAGAAAUUGAACA